AUUUGCGAUGGACAUAUUAUAUGUUAGGUACCUCUCUUGAUAGCAACUUCCCCUUGAUACAGACGAUGAACUCAAUGAAAUGAAUUAUUUUGUCCAGCACGUGAAUGCUGCGCGUCCUUCGUUCUCCUUACAUUUUUAAGUUAAUCUACCUCUAGUUAAACCGUACCCUCUUCCAACUUAAUAUUUCCUCCCUCUUUCUUUUCUACCCUUUUUUCCAACCUUCGUAUACCUCGAUUCGCAUCGCAUCGCAUCGCAUCCCCCUUAUCUUCUUUAAUUAACCAAUUCGUGUCGCCCAACAUGGCUCUACCUAUACAGUCCAUCGACGAGCCAGGCAUCAAAGUUCCGCCAGACGUGGUAGCCGGUUUACGCCAGGAAGUAGCCAAUCUUCUUCAUCGCACCUCGACCGCGUUCCCCGGAGCGCAACCCGUGAGCUUUACGAGGAAACACCUAGAAGAGCUGAUGCGAGAGGAUUACUACGUCUGCGAGAAAUCCGAUGGCAUCCGAUAUUUGUUGUACAUAACCGCCGACGAAGCUAACCAAGAGUGUCAUUAUUUGAUCGAUCGUAAGAACGAUUAUUGGUUUAUCCAGGCAGGCUCGCUACAUUUUCCCCUGCCCGGCAAUCAGCAGGCCUUCCACCGGGGAACUAUUCUAGAUGGAGAAAUGGUCGUGGACACAUUGAGCGACGGCCGCCAGGAGCCGCGAUACCUCGUGUUCGAUUGCCUCGCCGUCGACGGCCAAUCCCUGACGUCUCGAGAGCUCUCAAAGCGGUUGGGCUAUUUCCAGGAACAAGUCUUCAAGCCUUAUAAGAAACUGCUCGAGGAAUAUCCCGAGGAGAGGCAAUACCAGCCUUUCUUCAUCGACUUGAAGUCCAUGCAGCUGUCCUACGGCGUCCGCAUGAUCUUUGACGACGUCAUCGGGAACCUGAUGCAUGAAAACGACGGUGUGAUAUUUACUGCUCUGCAUACAGAGUAUAAGUCGGGCACCGACCCGAACAUUUUGAAGUGGAAGGAUGCCGAUGAGAAUACGGUUGAUUUCCGGUGGAAGCUGAAGUUCCCCAUGGUCGAGCCGGACGAGCGAGAGCGAGCUGAAGGUAUUAUGGAGCCCUUCAUCGAUUAUGACAGUGUACCUUCGGUAGACUUACUAGCACACCACGGCGGCGGCCAAUAUCGCGUCUUUGACAAGUUACAUCUAGAAGACGACGAGUGGGAGAUCUUGAAAGGGUUAAACGAAGCCCUGGACGAGCGGGUGGUAGAAGUCUACAUGGACAGCCAGAGACGAUGGCGUUUCUACCGAUUCCGCGACGACAAGACGGACGGUAACCACAUUUCUGUCGUCAACAGCGUCGUGGAGAGUAUCCAAGACGGAGUGACCCGCGAGGAGCUCCUGAGCUACACCAAGAACAUACGAGAUAACUGGAAAACUCGCGACAAGCAGCGAAACGAGCAUCGAUAAUGGGUUAGUUAUCACCGGAUAUUUAAAGACGAAUCUCACAAUAACCCCCCUCCUCCUUGAUCCCUCUUUGGAAUACGGCAAAUUCCCGAUCAAGCUUCUUAUUUUUUUUGGCUUUUAUUUCUCAUACAUAGCCUACUUGUGUACAACCUAGAGAGGGCGGAGGCUUUAUUGGAAAGCGAAUCGCACGACGAAUACUACACGUGAUUUAUUAAAUUUUUUGUCAAAAAUUAAUAAUAGCACGGCAACAACAAAACUCGGGUUAGAAAAUGCAUACAUAUAUACCACCACCACUAAGACGUGUGUGUGUGUAUAUGUGGGUGUGGUUCCGGAAUGGAGUUUGGAGAAAAUGCGGCUUUGAUUUAGGUUAGGUUAGGUUAGGUACCGCCUGUCAAAAUAUAUGGCGUUGUUUUCUCGUGA